GGGCCGCGGCCUAUAUAAGCGCGGGCGCAGGCGCGGCCUCGCAGUGCCGCCGGACCGUUGGCGCGGGGCAGCGUGCGCCGGCCUUUGUGUCUCUCGGCUCAGGGCGCCGCGCCGGGCUCGCGGGCCGCUCACCAUGUCGCGCUACGGGCGGUACGGAGGAGAGACGAAGGUGUACGUGGGCAACCUGGGCACGGGCGCCGGCAAGGGCGAGCUGGAGCGCGCCUUCAGCUACUACGGGCCCCUGCGCACCGUCUGGAUCGCCAGGAACCCGCCGGGAUUCGCCUUCGUGGAGUUCGAGGACCCCCGGGAUGCGGAGGACGCGGUGCGCGGCCUGGACGGGAAGGUGAUCUGUGGCUCCCGAGUGAGAGUUGAGCUGUCCACGGGCAUGCCUCGGAGGUCUCGCUUUGAUAGGCCACCUGCCCGCCGUCCCUUUGAUCCCAAUGAUAGAUGCUAUGAGUGUGGCGAAAAGGGGCAUUAUGCUUACGAUUGUCACCGCUACAGCCGGCGAAGGAGAAGCAGGUCCCGCUCUAGAUCCCACUCGCGGUCCCGAGGUAGGCGGUACUCGCGCUCACGCAGCAGGAGCAGGGGACGCAGAUCAAGGUCAGCAUCUCCCCGACGAUCCAGGUCUGUGUCUCUUCGUAGAUCAAGGUCAGCUUCACUCAGACGAUCUCGGUCUGGCUCUAUAAAAGGAUCGAGGUAUUUCCAAUCACGGUCACGGUCAAGAUCAAGAUCCAGGUCUAUUUCACGGCCAAGAAGCAGCCGGUCCAAGUCCAGAUCUCCGUCUCUAAAGAGAAGUCGCUCCCCAUCAGGAAGUCCUCGGAGAAGUGCAAGUCCUGAAAGAGUGGACUGAGUUCACCUUUUCGGGAAAAAGUUAUUUUGUUUACAUUAUUAUAAGGGAUUUGUGAUGUCUGUCAAGUGUAACCUAGGAAGAGUUUUGAACCAUCUAAUCAAAAUGAAUCUGGAUUAUCUGUAAAUUCACAGCAGUAAGAUGCUAUACAAUUUUUUGUUGAAUGUAUUAACAUCCUAUGGUCUGAAAAUGGGUUUUUAUUUGGCACAUUUAAAUAAAAUGUUUCUAACUAGA